AUGGAGCAAAUGCCCACUUAUGCUCGGUUUAUGAAGGAAUUGUUAACUAAGAAAAGAAAAGUCCUUGAAGAAGAGACUAUGGAGCUUGAAGCAGGAUGCAGUGCUAUUAUACAGAAGUCUUUACCUCAAAAAUCAAGGGAUCCGGGCAGUUUUACUCUCCCUGUAUCAAUUGGUAAUUUAUCAGUGGGUAAGGCACUCUUAGACCUUGGAGCCAGUAUUAAUUUGAUGUCUUUAUCUAUGCUGAAGAAGAUAGGGGAAGUGGAAGUGAGACCUACAAGAAUGACCUUGCAGUUGGCAGACAGAUCCAUUAAGCUUCCACAUGACAUAGUGGAAGAUAUGAUAGUGAAAGUUGAUAAGUUCAUGUUUCUCGUUGAUUUCGUAGUCAUGGACAUGGAGGAGGAUGUUGAGGUUCCUUUGAUUUUGGGCAGACCCUUUAUGAAGACAGCUAGAGUUAUUAUUGACAUGGAUGAUAGAAAGCUAAAGGUGAGGGUCCAAGAUGAAGAGGUGAAUUUCAAUGUAUUUGAAGCAAUGAAGUUUCCAAAGGGAAAUAAAAAUUGUUUCAGAAUUGAUGUAUUAGAUGAUGUGUAUCUGGAAACUCAAAAUAAUUUCAAGAAUUCAUCGCCAUUGGAGAAAGCUUUGUCUAUGCUUGAUGAAGAGUUAGAUAAAGCCAUAGAUAAGGAAGUUCAGGAUGUGAUUGAUGAGUUGAAUAAAGGUGAAAACUCUUCUGUCAAUGUUCAUUCAAAAGAAGAAUUGAAGAAGGAAGAAAAAGAUCAAACAGUGAAGCUGGAAUUGAAGCAGUUGCCACCUCAGUUAAAGUAUGUCUUUUUAGAAGAGAAUGGUGGGAAACCAAUCAUAAUUAGUAGCCAGCUUUUAAAGGAAUAA